AUGGCCAUGGAGCAGGGAAGAGUGACGGAAUUCAAAGGAAAGAGCCUCGACCAGAUACAAAUUGAGCCUGAAGGGAGAGCAAUGCACCCCAUGGUAGUGGCAGUGCCCCUUCUGAACGUUAGAGAAAGCCAUGGUCUGCAUCUGAGGGGUUCCUCAGACUCCUCCUCCUGGUGUCUGAAGUUCUCUGGAUCCUCCCUGAGCUUCUGUGGAGGCAGCAGGGAGCAGCAGGUGGUGGGGGCAGCAGGCAGCAGCAGGUGGUGGGGGCAGCAGGCAGCAGCAGGUGGUGGAGGCAGCAGGCAGCAGCAGGUGGUGGGGGCAGCAGGCAGCAGCAGGUGGUGGAGGCAGCAGGCAGCAGCAGGUGGUGGAGGCAGCAGGGAGCAGCAGGUGGUGGAGGCAGCAGGGAGCAGCAGGUGGUGGUGGCAGCAGGCAGCAGCAGGUGGUGGAGGCAGCAGGGAGCAGCAGGUGGUGGAGGCAGCAGGCAGCAGCAGGUGGUGGGGGCAGCAGGCAGCAGCAGGUGGUGGGGCAGCAGGGAGCAGCAGGUGGUGGGGCAGCAGGCAGCAGCAGGUGGUGGUGGCAGCAGGCAGCAGCAGGUGGUGGGGGCAGCAGGCAGCAGCAGGUGGUGGAGGCAGCAGGCAGCAGCAGGUGGUGGAGGCAGCAGGGAGCAGCAGGUGGUGGAGGCAGCAGGGAGCAGCAGGUGGUGGGGCAGCAGGCAGCAGCAGGGUGGUGGAGGCAGCAGGGAGCAGCAGGUGGUGGAGGCAGCAGGGCAGCAGGUGUGGCAGCAGCAGCAGAGGUGGUGGAGGCAGCAGGCAGCAGCAGGUGGUGGAGGCAGCAGGGAGCAGCAGGUGGUGGAGGCAGCAGGCAGCAGCAGCCAGUGGUGGGGCAGCAGGGAGCAGCAGGUGGUGGAGGCAGCAGGCAGCAGCAGGUGGUGGAGGCAGCAGGGAGCAGCAGCAGGUGGUGGUGGCAGCAGGCAGCAGCAGGUGGUGGGGCAGCAGGCGACAGCAGCAGGUGGUGGGGGCAGCAGGGAGCAGCAGGUGGUGGUGGCAGCAGGCAGCAGCAGGUGGUGGGGGCAGCAGGCAGCAGCAGGUGGUGGAGGCAGCAGGGAGCAGCAGGUGGUGGUGGCAGCAGGCAGCAGCAGGUGGUGGGGGCAGCAGGGAGCAGCAGGUGGUGGGGGCAGCAGGCAGCAGCAGGUGGUGGAGGCAGCAGGCAGCAGCAGGUGGUGGAGGCAGCAGGGAGCAGCAGGUGGUGGAGGGCAGCAGGGGCAGCAGGCGGUGGUGGGGCAGCAGGCAGCAGCAGGUGGUGGGGGCAGCAGCAGGGGCAGCAGCAGCAGGUGGUGGAGGCAGCAGGGAGCAGCAGGUGGUGGUGGCAGCAGGCAGCAGCAGGUGGUGGGGGCAGCAGGGAGCAGCAGGUGGUGGGGCAGCAGGCAGCAGCAGGUGGUGGGGGCAGCAGGGAGCAGCAGGUGGUGGGGCAGCAGGCAGCAGCAGGUGGUGGAGGCAGCAGGCAGCAGCAGGUGGUGGAGGCAGCAGGGAGCAGCAGGUGGUGGUGGCGCAGCAGCAGGCAGCAGCAGGUGGUGGAGGCAGCAGGCAGCAGCAGGUGGUGGUGGCAGCAGGCAGCAGCAGGUGGUGGAGGCAGCAGGCAGCAGGUGGUGGGCAGCAGGCAGCAGCAGUGGUGGAGGCAGCAGGGAGCAGCAGGUGGUGGUGGCAGCAGGCAGCAGCAGGUGGUGGAGGCAGCAGGCAGCAGCAGGUGGUGGGAGGCAGCAGGCAGCAGCAGGUGGUGGAGGCAGCAGGGAGCAGCAGGUGGUGGUGGCAGCAGGCAGCAGCAGGUGGUGGUGGCAGCAGGCAGCAGCAGGUGGUGGGGGCAGCAGGCAGCAGCAGGUGGUGGAGGCAGCAGGGAGCAGCAGGUGGUGGUGGCAGCAGGCAGCAGCAGGUGGUGGGGGCAGCAGGGAGCAGCAGGUGGUGGGGGCAGCAGGCAGCAGCAGGUGGUGGAGGCAGCAGGGAGCAGCAGGUGGUGGUGGCAGCAGGCAGCAGCAGGUGGUGGUGGCAGCAGGCAGCAGCAGGUGGUGGUGGCAGCAGGCAGCAGCAGGUGGUGGGGGCAGCAGGGAGCAGCAGGUGGUGGAGGCAGCAGGGAGCAGCAGGUGGUGGUGGCAGCAGGCAGCAGCAGGUGGUGGGGGCAGCAGGGAGCAGCAGGUGGUGGGGGCAGCAGGCAGCAGCAGGUGGUGGUGGCAGCAGGCAGCAGCAGGUGGUGGAGGCAGCAGGGAGCAGCAGGUGGUGGAGGCAGCAGGCAGCAGCAGGUGGUGGAGGCAGCAGGGAGCAGCAGGUGGUGGUGGCAGCAGGCAGCAGCAGGUGGUGGAGGCAGCAGGCAGCAGCAGGUGGUGGUGGCAGCAGGCAGCAGCAGGUGGUGGAGGCAGCAGGCAGCAGCAGGUGGUGGGGGCAGCAGGGAGCAGCAGGUGGUGGUGGCAGCAGGCAGCAGCAGGUGGUGGAGGCAGCAGGGAGCAGCAGGUGGUGGAGGCAGCAGGCAGCAGCAGGUGGUGGAGGCAGCAGGGAGCAGCAGCAGGUGGUGGGGGCAGCAGGCAGCAGCAGGUGGUGGAGGCAGCAGGCAGCAGCAGGUGGUGGGGGCAGCAGGGAGCAGCAGGUGGUGGUGGCAGCAGGCAGCAGCAGGUGGUGGAGGCAGCAGGGAGCAGCAGCAGGUGGUGGGGGCAGCAGGCAGCAGCAGGUGGUGGUGGCGGACAGCAUCAGGUCCAGUCGCGUGGCUCUGUACCUGGACCCUGACUGUGGGCAGCUGUGCUUCUACACCGUCACCUCCAGGGGGCUCCACCUGCUGCACAGCCAAUCACAGAGCAGCACACUGAAGCGCACGCUUACAAACCACUGCUUAGUCAAGAGUCCCUAA